AUGGCCUCGACAAAGACGAGACGUAUUGGCAACAAAAAAAAUUCGUUUAUCAGAUAUAAGAAGAAUGAAACCGAGCUCGAUUCCAAAAAUUUUCAUCCCUCAACCACCAAUGCUAGUUUGCGAGGAAUGUAUGUUAUAGCGGAGAUGGAAAACGAAUCAAUGAUAACAGAAAAGAAAUGGGCAAUGCACUCAGUGUGCUAA